ACUCUUCCUCUAGCCUCUUUGUGAAUUGGCCCCACAGCCCCUAGCUCGGCUAUAAAUGGAGGCAACAAUUUCGCCUGAGGUACUUAUACCAGACCGGCCGGAGAUCGUGUACCCGGCGCGAUUUCUCGCCGGAGAAGGGGACUAUCGGGUUUCUGGCGAGAGCGUGUGGAAUCGGAAAGAUGAACCGGAGAAUCGCGAAGAAACGCGGCCGAUUUGAGACGGAAGGGAGGGACGAUUUGAUGGAAAAGACAGAUUCGAAGGCGAAGAGGGUCGAGCGGCGAUUGGUUAAGUUUGAGGCUUUGCCGGAGUAUCUGAAGGACAACGAGUUCAUUCUGGACUACUACCGGUCGGAAUGGCCGUUGAAGGACGUGCUUUUAAGCAUCUUCUCCUGGCACAACGAAACCCUAAACAUCUGGACACAUUUGGGGGGAUUUUUUAUAUUCGCGGGAAUGACGUUGAUUAGUUCAAUGGGGAAGACGAAGAACAUGGAAAGUUUCAUAGCCAAUUCGUUCAGACCUCGAAAUGCAGCGCCAUUGAUGACCAUGCUGAUGAACAACACGAACGUCCCGGGGAACACAUUCACAGGUUCAGAUUUAAGACACAUUUCACAUUCAUCAGUGGUAUAUCUAAAUGGAGAGGAUGGUUCUGAAGCUAUUCCCAGAUGGCCUUGGUUUGUUUUCUUGGCAGGGGCUAUGGGCUGCUUGGUUUGCAGCUCCCUCUCCCAUCUUCUUGCAUGCCACUCCCAACGCUUCAACAUUUUCUUCUGGCGCCUUGAUUAUGCUGGCAUCUCUCUCAUGAUCGUCUGUUCCUUCUUUGCUCCAAUCUAUUAUGCUUUUCUGUGCCAUCCUUAUUAUAGGCUCUUCUAUCUCGUCUCCAUUACGCUCUUCGGCAUUCUUGCCAUUGUUACCCUCCUUGCACCUGUUCUCUCUGCCCCUCGCUUCCGACCCUUCAGGGCCUAUCUCUUCUUGACCAUGGGCUUCUCAGGGGUAGUUCCAGCUGCACAUGCUCUUGCACUUCAUUGGGGCCAUCCACAAGUACUUGUCGCAAUGGGAUAUGAGCUUGCUAUGGCUGUUUUGUAUGCCGCCGGAGCCAUGUUUUACGUUACGAGGAUACCAGAACGGUGGAAGCCUGGUGCAUUCGACAUUGCAGGGCACAGCCAUCAGAUUUUCCAUGUGUUUGUUGUGGCAGGAGCACUUGCACACAGUGCUGCCACACUCUUAGUUCUUGACUGGCGCCGGGCACUGCAAACCUGUGACUGCUAUUCUUCAGUUGGUUGGACAGGGUAUCAAUGAUGGAAUUUCUUGGCAACAAAGUUCUUUUUGGUGUUUCUCUUGUUGCUUUGGCUGAAAUAUAAAAUUUAGAUGGAAGAAAAAAAAAAAGAAAAAGAAAAAUAUUAUGUGUAUUUGCAACUGUUGAAAGUGUAAGAGUAUUUAUUCACUAUAACAUGGAAGAGGACAGGUACUGCACAAAUCCUUCCAAAUUCAUAUCAA